UGGCAGCGUUGGUUUGUGCUAGCAGCCGGGGAAGGGGUUUUGCAAUGAAAUUAUUCUCCUAAGCAACAUUGGUAAUACUGAUUUUGGCUCUUAACCAUUGUAUAGGCACCCUAGUGCACUGAUAUCUUUCUUUAUCCCCACGACCUUUGUACUUUAAUUGAAUUUCUCGCCUAGGAGGUAACUGCCGUGAAAUGCAGUUCUGCUUCAGAUAGUUCUAAGGGACACGUUUUACUGCUUUUCUACCAACAAUUUAAGGCAAUCUGGGCAGGGAUGGUUGUUAAGAAGAAGAAACACAUCGACGUUGGUCGGAUUGUUCUGGAUGACCAGAAACUUGCAAGCUUGAGAUCUGUAGCAACUGGUGAGGAGAACAACCUUGCAAAUCUUUUGCUGGAAUGUGUCGAGCUCAUGGAUGGAAUCCAACAGCUGCAUUUACUGAAGAAGAUUGGUUCUGUGUUACGGAAGCUGGACAGAGACUCUGUUCAUCAUUCACAAACUGACACCUGUAUAAAAAUACUGGUUGGGAUUUAUUGGGAUCUGGAAUCGAAAAGCCCCUUGAAAAGAGCAACAGCAAGUGCACUGGGCUGUCUUCCUGAAAACCUGGAGGAAGAAGCGGUUAGCUGCCUCGUCAACUGCAUGAGGAAAGAACUGUUGACAGUGGAUAAAUCCCAUGUUAGGAAGACAACUGACUCCAUUGCAGCCUGCAUGGAGAAUUUUAGCUUGGGUGAAAAAUGCAUGCAGUUUCUUUAUCUGGAGGUUCUUCAGUUUCUGCAUGCAGCAUUGCUGGAUUUCAAGAUGCAAAAUAAGAACCUUGGUGGGCAACACAUUCUGCAGAACAAGCUGAUGUACGAUUUGCUACAAGCCUUAAAAACUUCAAUGGUGCUCGUUCAGAAAGUUCAAGGCAAAAUACAUGGUAUCUUCUGUAAAAAUCCUGAGCCAGCUCUCUUGGAGGUCAUGUGUGGAUUACUCACAUCCUUUAUUGAAAUAAUCCUAGAUGGAAAUUUCUUGCAGACUGUUCAGAGUACAGCAGGGAUGGCUGCGCUUCUGUUUAUCAAGACUAUUGUGGAAUGUGAUGAAUUGUUGCCAAAGUUGGUUCACGAUCUGCUGUUUAACUCCACGAAAAGAGUUCAUCAUGCACCAGGAUGGCUAAUUCAGAGUUGUGGGGGACUUUACCAAGCUGCACCUCCUGAUGAUGCAGUUCUUUUCCUCAUCCAGGGAACACUGACAAUGUUAGACUGGGGAAGUGGAAGAAUGAAAGAUGGCAGUGAUCAACUCCUGCUAGAUAUAUUAACCGCUCUCCUGUCACUCAACACCCGCUUAAGGGAAUCCAGUAUGGCAAUGUCAGUUUCCAGAAUUCUGAGUUUUUGGACAACAUCUGCAUUAGAUGCUCUCCAUUCGGACUCAUGCUCUCAGCAUCUGAAAAGUUCCUUGAAUGGAAACUCCGAAUCCAUUCAGAAACUACUGGAAUACAUAUGGACACAUUGGGAACAUCCUUUGGAUGCAGUGAAACAUCAGACUAAAGCUAUAUUUAAAAACAUUUUAAAAAUUCACCAGAAGACCAUCGAUAGUUCCAGUGAAAUGACAGAUUCAUUCUUCUUAAAUUUGACACAAAGUUUAUUGGAUUUAGAAUGGCACGUCAAAGGGAAAUAUAUUUCACUGAGCUGUUUAGUAGAAUAUUUGGGUACUGAUUAUAUACUAACGGUAGAUGACUCCAUCCCUAAACAAGUUUUAAGGAUAAUGCAUGAGCAGUCACUUGCACCAUAUGCAACUGAUCUAUUGGAAAAAAUGUUUAUCAGCCAUAAGAAUCAGUUGAUGUCUUCACCGCAAUCAAGCAAUUGGAUUAAACAAUGGCACAAAACUUGGGUCCUGCCAUUUCUUACGGCCUUGUGUGAUGAGAAGCCCAGCCAACAACCCAUCAUUGACUAUUAUCUUCCCACUUUGAAAUGCAAUCCAGACAGCCUGACUUAUAUGAUCAAAGAACUUCGCUUUUCUGACAAGGCUGAGAAGAGUGGUGCUUUCAGCUGUAGAGGUGCUCGAGCAUUGAUGACUUGCUUGAGAACAGCUAGAGCUCAGGGACUCUGGAGCGCUGCUGAGAAAAUCCACAUGGACCAACUGAUACCUAUUAGCCUGAUAAAACAGGCUUUGGUUCACAAACAUGAACAGGGAGAUUGGGAAUGGUUUGGGAGAACACUGCUGAAGGAGCUGCACACUGCUGUUGACAAAAUCAAAGGUUCCUUUGAUACCCAAAAAAUGCUAUGCAUGCACACUCUUGACUCUGUUAACCCCGCUGUGGGUCCGUCUAGAUGCCUUGGUUUGGUAUGUGAGACAAACCGCACUACGGAAGCUGUAUCUCAGCAAGAGAUGGAUUUAGUAAAAUUCUUCCUUCCAUAUAACCUGAACAGUCAAUCUCCUGCAGUGAGGCAGAAAAUAGUGUGGGUAAUGAGAAAGCUAUUCUACAGGAUAUGGGACAGUUCCCAAAUGCUUUAUAAACAAACUCAGGCUAUUAAUAGGCAGAAGAGCACUGGAUGUGAAGAAAAAACAAAUAAUCAAGAUCCAGAAGUUCAGCUUCAACAAUACAAGGACUUUUUGAUCUGGGUGUGUGACAGACUGUUCCAAGCUCUAUUUCCUGGUGCUUCAUUCCCAAGCAAAUUCAUUGUCUUGAGUCUCUUAGGAAUAAUUGCUGAACUUUCUGAAAAUCUGGAGGAUCAAAGUUACAGAGUGGUGCAAAUAACCGAUGUCUUGCAGCCCGCCUAUGCUGAUGCUUUGUUAGGGUGUUUGAACAGCACCUUUGAGGAAGUUAAGUUACUAGCCUAUGAUCUGAUUCGGAAACUUCCAGCUACAGUUUUAGGAUUACAGGAAAGUGAAAAACUGCAAACACUUUUGCAGGCGGCUUUGGACCUUUCGAUCAGUACAAAACCAUAUGAUUGCGUUACUGCUUCCUACCUCUUGACCCUUCUGGUACAACAGGAAGGUUUUCUGCCAGCUCUUCAUGCUUGUUCUUUAAAACGACAAACGAUUGGUUACCAGUUUGAUGACCUUGGCAAGGCUUAUGAAAAGCAACCAGAUAAGGAAAUUCUGGAAACCAAUAUUUUAGAAGUUAUUAAAUACUUGAUGAAUUGUCUGUCAGAUGAGAUCAGACAGGCUGAAAAAUCUCUGGUGCAUGCGGCAGCUUCUAACCCCUUAUAUGGAAGAGUUCAUUGCAUCAUUGGAGCUCUGCAGCAACUCUCCCUAAAGUCCAUCACAAAAUUAGCAGAAUGGAGGGAGAUAGUAGAAGGACUGAUUUUAAUGGCCUUCCAUCUGUCAGCAGUGGUAUCUCCUAUUUGUCAGAGCUCCUCACCAGAAGGACUAAUUCCAAUGGACACAGAUCUCGAGACUGCUGAAAGCUUGCAUAAGAUUAUAAAUGAAAUAAAACCACAGGACACAAAUGAUUACCUUUAUCCAGCUGGCCGUUCCUGCCAGGUUACUGCUCAAAUGGUUCUCGUGUGUUGUUGGAGAAGUAAGGAAAUCUCCUUGCUGUUGGGAUUCUUGUGUCAAAAUUUGCCUGUUCAGUCAGCACCUGACUCAAAGGAUGGACUACUCUCAUUCCACCAGGUUAGAGAAAUUGGAGAGUACUUUAAAUCCCAGCUUCUCCAGUCUAGGCAUAGAGGUGCAUUUGAGCUGGCCUACGUUGGAUUUAUAAAACUUACUGAAAUGCUCACCAGAUGCAAUAAUGGAGAUCUGCAGAAGUUAACUCUGCAGUGGCUUGAAGAAGUUCUACAGGAAAUUAAGUCCAGUGCCCCAGUGUCCAAGCUGUGUGCCACCAGACGCAGUGCUGGAAUCCCAUUUUACAUUCAGGCCUUGGUGUCUUCUGAGCCUAGGUGCUCCAACUUGGGUCUUCUGAAGCUGACAAUGAAUGAAUUGAUUGCACUUUCCAUGCCAGUAGUACCAUUAGCCGCCUCCCAGGAUGAACACACCACCAUUCCACAGGUGCAUGCCCUGAAUAUCUUGAGAGCACUGUUCAGAGACACCAAAAUAGGUGAAAAUGUCAUUCCCUAUGUGGCAGAUGGAUUGCAAGCUGCCAUCCUUGGCUUUACAUCUCCUGUGUGGGCAGUACGAAAUUCUUCCACAUUGUUGUUCAGUGCACUAAUCACCAGGAUAUUUGGAGUCAAAAGAGGAAAGGAUGAACAUUCCAAGAAAAACAGGAUGACAGGCAGAGAAUUUUUUACCCGUUUCCCCACACUUCAUCCCUUCCUCCUUAAGCAGCUGGAGAUGGUGGCAAACACAAUGGACAGUGAUUCUGGUGUCCUGAAGCUCCACCCUAGCCUGUUCUUGUUGCUGCUUGUUCUGGGUCGAUUAUAUCCAUCCCCCAUGGAUGGCACAUGCUCAGCUCUCAGCCUGGCACCCUUUGUGCCCUUAAUCAUAAGAUGUGGUCACUCGCCUGUGCAUCGAUCCCGUGAGAUGGCUGCACUUGCCCUAGUUCCCUUUGUGACAAUUGAUCGUAUUCUUCCAAUGGCACAGACCUUGAUGGAAACCUUACCUGCUCCCACAGAUCGCUGUAUACGACAGAACCAGAUCCAUGGGACGCUGCUUCAGGCAUUUCAUUUACUGCAGUCCUGUUAUGACUCAAAACAAAGGACCAAUUCAAGUCUUCACCAAGAGCUGCAUGACAUCAUUGGCUGCACUAGAGCCAAAAUAUGGUUGGCAACAAGGCAGAACCCUUGUUUCCUUACCAGAGCGACUUUUCUUGAUAUCAUCUCUAUCCUUUGUUGUCAUUUGGAUAUCUCAAAAACAAUAGACCUAGAGAUUCUAAACUUCUGGCAGGCUGCCCACCACAUUAUACUGGAGUCAGAACUAUUUACAGAGAGCCAGAAGUUUUCACCAGCACCUGGACUAAUUCAGUGGCAAAAGAGCAUCACUAAGUUAACGUUGUCUGUAGUGGCAAAAUUGGUUUCUCUACGACCAAUGUCACAGUCAGGAGAUGCCACCAACAAAUUGGCUUCUGUAUCUGCUGAAGUUCAGCCCAGUCUACACCUUCCUCGUCUUCUGCAAUCAGAAUUUCUUGAAGCACGUUUGCUGACCCUGGAGACAUUGUUGUUAUGGCUGGAAGACACAGAUUUCCUCCAGCCCAGAGAAACAAAUGGGAAUGUACUGUUCCUGUUAUCAGGAAUUAAGGACACUCUGAAAAAGCUAGCAGUGCAAGAAAAACACCCAGAAUAUCUUGCCAAGGUGCUGAAAAUAUUGUGCCAUUUGGAUAUAGAGGGACUGUUUCCUUGGACAGUGAAUACUUCAGUGAUGAGUGAAGCCAAAUUUCUCAGGUGGAUCUUGUCAAUAGCAGAGACCACAAAAAGCAGUGUCGAGCUGCAAAGUGUAACACUUAAUCUGGCUUCAAAAUUAGCAACCCAUCUUGUGCAAAAGGAGCAGGAGAAAUCCUUGGAUUCCAUAAGUGAAGAGCUCAGACAGUGGGUUCAUUUAGUUGAACAGAGUUGUGGAGUGGAGCAGCAGACAGAAAUCCGAUUGACAGCUGCAAAAGUCCUCAUUGAUGCUGCCCCAUCUUUCCUUGCCAAUAAACAACUUUAUUUAGAUCUACUGGAUACUUUAACCCUGUGGAGAUGUAUUUUCACUCUUCUGCAAGAUGACGAGCAAGUGGUGAGGGAUAAAGCCACAGAUGUUAUACAGAUGAUUCCAUCUUUUCUGACAACUCGUAAGGAUAAUGAUAUUUUGUACUCUGUCGUUAAUCCGUCCCUGGCUCUGGAUCUUGGCCUUGGAUUGCUGUGCGAACUUUUGCAGAUCUGGGGCCAAGUCUUGCCUGGAAUUGUAGUCCUCAUUGAAUGGAUGCUGGUAGAAGAUGAUAUGGAAGAAGAUACAGUGAAUGAAAACCUGGGAGAAUAUGACCUGCUGUUUGAUAAAAGUGAAAUUAACCUUUGGGCAGAGAAGAUCACAUUUGCCAAUCUACUCCAGAAGCAUCUUUCAGUACUUAUUUCCCAGUCAGGGGUCAUUCCAGAUGAAGAAUCACAGCUCUGCCUUCUGUCAGCGAAGGUUUCCGACCAAGCGCAGCGUGUCGGACGACUUUUUGAAGGCCUGCCUCCUGCGGCAGAAUUUUCUAGAACAGCGGACUACACAAGGCUAAGCAUUCAAAAAGUGAGGCUCUUGAACACAGCCCAGCUACUGAGGCUGUUUGGAUUGGGUGCCAUCAUUGUUGGGCAUUUCUGAAGUGGAAUGAUCUCAUUAUUUGACUUGGCCUAAAGCAGAGGAAAAACAGAUCAGCAGAAGCACAUUCGUGACAAAGAGAGGCUUGUGGCGGCUAGAGAAAGAUUGUAUCCCAUAGGGUUGUGUGCCUUACCACAUGAUUUUUGUGCCAAUCAUAAUUAAGUGACAUUAAUUGCUCCUCUUACAAUAGAAACUUAUUGGCAUCAGAAAUGAACUAUUGUCAUUGAUGUGGUAAUGUUAUGUGGACCUACCUGAAGUCCAGAUUUGCAAAUUACAACAUAAAUACGGGAAAAGUUUUGGAUCACAUGUUUUGUGAUUUUUACA